GUUCCUGCGAAAGUCGGGCGGAGAAGAAAAUUUCAUAAUUUCACUUGCUGUGGUAGCUGGGAACGGCGCCUGUGAAGGUGACGACGGCGGUGGCGACGGAACGGUGAUCAGAUAUAUCUCUUGAAUACGUUAUAGAUAGAGCCGCAAACAGAUUUGAAACCACUUUCUGCAGAUUUUAGGGAAGUUAGGAAUAUUGGAGAUGGCAGCAUCAACUUCAUUGAAGGAGUAUCUGAAAAGAUAUGAGACUAAAGAUGAAGAAGAAGAAAAGAAAAAGAAAAAGAAGAAGAAGAAGAGUAAACCAGGGUUAGGAGGCACUAGUGUUUUAGUUGUUGAUGAGGAUCCCAUCUGGCAGAAAUCUGUAAAUCUCGAUGAAGAGGAGGAAAAUGAUUCUCCUGAUGAGAAGCCAGUGGUGGAUGAAGACAUUGAAGUUAAGAGACUGAGGAGGCUGGAACAGAUAAAAAUGAGGAGGGCGUAUAAUGCUAUUGCUGAGGAUGGCAGUGGAUGGGUUUCACUGUCUCCUAAGCAUGCAAGUUCUGUCAAUCCAAAUUCUGAUAUUUCCCCUGCCCCCCAUAGGCAGAGGACACGCAAUGACACGCCUUCACCCGAGCGUGAACGGAUUCAUGUGGAUUCUGCAAGAGAAGAUGUGAUUUUGCCAACUCUGAGAGAUGAGAAUUCUGCUGGCUUGAAUUCUGAUAUGUCACCACCAAGGAAACGACAGUCUCGUAUGGAUACACCUUCACCAGAGCCUGGUAUUAGGCGAAAGCUAGUCAGAGAAGAUACUGAUUUGUCACCACCACGAAAACAGAGGGCUAGAAAUGACACACCUUCACCAGAGCUCAGAGUUAAUACAAAGCCAACUAGAAAAGAUACUGAUUUGUCACCACCAAGGAAACAGAGGGCUCAUAAUGGCACACCUUCACCAGAGCCAAGAGUUAAGCCAAAGGCAUCUAGAGAAGGUAUGGAUUUGUCACCACCAAGGAAACGGAGAGUUCGUAAUGACACUCCUUCUCCGGAGCCAAGAGUUAAGCCAAAGGCAUCUAGAGAAGCUACUGAUUUGUCACCACCACGAAAACGGAGGGCUAGGAAUGACAACCCUUCACAAGAACCUGUUCUCAAGCCUGUUAGAGAAGAUUCUGAUUUGUCGCCUCCACGGCAGAGGCAGAGUCACCACAAUGCUUCAUCACCUGGGCCUGAUAUGUCUCCACCUAGACGAUCUCGUCCUCAAACAUCAGAGAACUUUCAAAGGAAAAAACCAGAUUCAGCUUUUUCCCCUGAUUUAGAUCUUUCCCCUCCAAGGAGAAAUAUCAAGGAUUCUAGGAAACCUGGAUCACCUGAUAUUACUCAACGCACGCAUAGGCAUCCUGAUAAAAACGUUUCAUCCAAUGCAAAUGUUGACCUUUCUCCACCAAGGAAAGACCGGAAGGAACCAAAGGAGCGACCAAAAACUGGAUUAAUUUCUGGCAGUGAAAUACGAGAAGAAAUUUCUAAAACCAAGAAGGAUGAUUGGAGAAGGUUCAAGGAAAUGGAUCCAUCUGUAAGUGGACGAGGUGCUGAAGCAGUAUAUCGUGACAAGAUAACAGGGGAACGCAUAACAAAGGAAGAGUUUCGAAAAUCCCAACAGAAAGUGGAAGAGAAGCCUAAGGAGAAGGAGUUAGAAUGGGGCAAAGGUUUGGCUCAAAAGCGGGAAGCUGAAGCUAGGCUGCAAGAAUUAGAAUUUGAGAAGGACAAACCAUUUUCUCGAACCAGGGAUGACCCAGAACUUGAAAAAAUGUUGAAGGAUAGGGUGAGAUGGGGUGAUCCUAUGGCACAUUUGGUGAAGAAGAAGCAUUCUGAGCAGCAUGAUCUUAGAGACCUGGGGGAUAGUGAGAAAAUGAAGGAAUCAGGAUUUGUAAUCCCUCAAGACAUUCCUAGUCAUAGUUGGAUAAAAAGAGGAUUAGAUGCUGCACCAAAUCGAUAUGGUAUAAGACCAGGAAGACAUUGGGAUGGAGUUGAUCGCAGUAAUGGAUUUGAAAAGAAAAUGUUCAAGAGAUCGAACGAGAAACAAGCUACACAAAAGGAAGCUUAUCUUUGGUCAGUCUCUGAUAUGUGACUUGAACAAUGGUGUCCUUGUUUGAGUAACAUGGGUCACUACCUGGAGGUUGAAAUUGGCAAUUAAUUUGGUGUUGUUAAAGUGUUGAAAAUAUUCAUUUUGUAAUCCAAUUACCCUCCAAGGUGGGGAAAAAGAAGAAGAAGAAGAAGAAGAAAGUUUUGCUUGGUUUUCUUAAAACUUAGAAAGGCUUUAGCCUUAUCCUAUUAAUUGUAUUCAACAUACAUAUUGCAAGUUUGAAUGAAUCGAUGAAGUGUAA